AUGGCUAGCCCACAGGUUCUCGUGUUCGAUGCUGAGGGCCGCCCUGUGAAGUUUGACACCUGGCUCGAUGACCUGCACCUCUACCUACAGCUCACAGCCAAGGAUGACAUCUCACUGUACGAUCACGCCCUAGGCCUUGUCACUGCCCCUGCUGCUACUGCUGACAGCACUGCUCGCUCACAGUGGCAGACUCGUGAUGCCCACGCUCGCUUCGCCAUUCGCAACUCCCUGCCGAUAGACGAACGCGAGCACUUUGGUCACCACAAGACUGCACCGGCACUGUACACAGCUGUAGUUGCUCGCUACUCCUCACCUGCCUCUGCCGCACUAGGCCGUCUCUCCCUCCCCUACCUGUUUCCCGACCUGGCCUCCUUUCACACAGUCGCUGACCUCAUCACGCACCUCCGUACUAGUGAGGCCCGCUUCCGUGCCGCCAUGCCUGCUGAGUUCCUUGCCACGCACCCCCCUCCACUCUGGCUCACUCUCUAUCACCUAGUCACCCGCCUCCCUGACACACUGCGUGCUGUCAGGGACCACUUCCUAGCUCGUUGCCCCACUGAGCUCACCAUUGCCCUCCUCGAGAAGGAGCUACUUGCAGCUGAGGCUAGCAUAGUCGGUGUAGGUGCCUCUCGUGGCGACCCCCGUACCCCGUUCUUUGAGGGGUGUUCUCCUUCCCCCCUUCUUCCCUCUGUCGCCUCUGCUGCUGCUGUCGACCUUCUUGGUACUGAGAAGGUCGGUACUGCGUCUGCCUCGAGCGGACGCCGCAGCGGCAAGGGCAAAGGGGGCAAGGGUAGUGGCGGUGACGGCGGGGGAGGCGGCGGUGGGGGCGGUGGAGGCAGUGGGGGUGGUGGCUCGGCUGGAGGGGCGAGUGGUAGCGGUGGGGGUGGUGGCGGCAGCGGCGGGGGAGGUGGCAGGAGUGGAGGCGGCAGUUGGGGUGGCGGUGGACGAGGCGGCGGCAGGGGUUGGGGUGGUCGAGGAGGUGGCAGCGGUGGUGGUGGCCGUGGAGGCGCUGGCGGUGGCCAGGGCCAGCAGCACACCCUCUCGCCCCAGGAGGCCACUGAGCUGCCCCGCUGGCUUGAUCUCCUGAAGAAGGGGAUUGAUAUCUAUGCUCUAGACUUUGAUGCUAUUCUAUCUGCCAUGUAUGUGAUGUCUACUAGUGGAGAGGGUGCUGAGUACUUGUGUGUGCCGCCCGACCCGGGCAUUAGGGCCAGUGCGUCUGCCGCUCCAGGUACUCACGUGUCGGCUACCCCAGGUGCUGGUGAGGCUGCUGCUCUAGGUGCUCGUGUGUCUCCCCCCCUUGGUACUGCGUCGACUGCCGCACUGCACACCUUCACACUGGACUCAGGUGCUUCUCGCUGCUUCUUUCGUGACCGCACUGCCCUUGAGCCACUUACUCGGCCAGUUGCUGUCUCCCUUGCUGACCCCUCUGGGGGUCCGGUCAUUGCGACCUCUUCCACUGUCCUUCCCUGCCCUGCGGUCCCGUCGGGCACACUGUCAGGUCUCCACCUCCCCUCGUUCUCUACGAACUUGGUGGCAGGCUGUGCACUCCAGGACGGGGGUGUUCACCAGUUCACCCCUGCCUACGAGCGCGUGACACACUGCACGUGUGCUCGUACGGGCCGUCACUUGGCUACCUUCACUCGGCAGCCGGGGUCGGACCUGUACACACUGACUACUGAGUCCCCUCAGGUUGCUGCGACUGCGUCCGCGUCCGCGUCAGGUCAGCUGUCCGCCCCCUGCUCGUGUCGCUCUUUGGCACACGAGACUGUCCUCUGGCACCACCGCCUUGGCCACCCGUCUGUGCAGCGGCUUCGUGCCAUGCACUCCAGGUACCUUGUCUCUGGCCUGCCCAGGGUCCUUCCUCCCCUCCCACCCUCGCCUGCUCCUACCUGUCUCCCCUGUGUCGAGGGACGGCAGCGCGCCGCUCCUCACUCCUCCUCGUUCCCCCCGACGACUGCUCCCUUGCAGACACUCCACAUGGACGUGUGGGGCCCAGCCCGCGUCCGUGGUCAGGGUCAGGAGAGGUACUUCCUGAUAGUUGUUGACGACUACUCGCGCUACACCUCGGUCUUCCCCUUGCGCACCAAGGGUGAGGUCCCUGAUGUCUUGAUCCCUUGGAUCCGCCGAGCCCGUCUCCAGCUCAGCGAGCGUUUUCACUCGGACUUUCCUGUCCUGCGCUUGCACUCUGACAGAGGUGGUGAGUUCUCCUCCGACCUCUUGGCAGCCUACUGUGCUGAGCACGGCAUUGAGCAGUCGUUCACGCUUCCGGCUUCUCCACAGCAGAAUGGGGUUGCGGAGCGCCGCAUUGGCCUGGUCAUGGAGGUCGCCCGUACCUCCUUGAUCCAUGCGGCUGCCCCCCACUUUCUGUGGCCGUUUGCGGUCCGGUACGCUGCGCAUCAACUCAACCUCUGGCCCCGUGUCUCCUUGCCGGAGACCUCGCCCACGCUACUGUGGACGGGGGAGGUUGGCGAUGCGUCGCGUUUCCGGGUCUGGGGGUCUCGAGCUUUUGUCCGCGAUUCGUCUGCGGACAAGCUCUCCUCCCGUGCUGUUCCCUGCGUCUUCCUCGGCUUUGUCCCGGACGCGUCUGGUUGGCAGUUUUACCACGCCACCUCGCGCCGAGUCUUGCCCUCCCAGGACGUCACUUUUGACGAGUCCGUCCCCUACUACCGCCUCUUCCCCUACCGCACUGCCCCGCUCCCCCCCCCGCCUCUCUUCCUCUCGCCAGGUGCUGCUGUUGCAGACCCCCUCCCCCCUCAGGGUGCCGCUCCCUCAGGUGUGUCUCAGGUAGACCCGGUUGAGCCUGUUGAGGUAGCUGUCGACUCUCGUCCUGCUGGGGGUGCUGAGCCUGGGGGUGCUGAGCCUGGGGGUGUGGAGCCUGGGGGUGUGGAGCCUGGGGGUGUGGAGCCUGGGGGUGUGGAGCUUGAGGGUGCUGAGCUUGGGGGGGUGGAGCCUCGUGGUACUGAGCUGCGGAGUCCGGAGUCUGGGGGUUCUGCGUCUGGAGGUACGAGGUCUGGGAGUCCUGCACCUGGAGGAGCCCUCUCCUCGGAGCAGCUACGUGCGUGGUACUUAGAGUACUGCAGCCUCCGGAGAGGUACCGCUCGAGCCGGACGUCCUACUGGGACUGGUGCUAGUACUUCUUCUCCCGUUCGGGAGCUCCCCUCCCGCGAGCGGAUCCGUGAGUGGUACGAGCGGCGCUGCACUCUUCGGAGUGGCGUGCCUCGUGUUACGAACCCCGCUGCUGUUGGAGCUGCUGCUGGUGCUGAGGACCCGGGCGUUGGAGCUGCUGCUGGUGCUGAGGACCCGGGCGUUGGAGCUGCUGCUGGUGCUGAGGACCCGGGCGUUGGAGCCGCUGCUGGUGCUGAGGACCCGGGCGCUGGAGCUGCUGCUGGUGCUGAGGACCCAGGCGUUGGAGCUACUGCUGGUGCUGAGGACCCGGGCGUUGGAGCUACCGCUGGUGCUGAGGACGUGGACGCUGGAGCUGCUGGUGGUGCUGCCGACCCUGGUGCGGGUGUCCCUGCUGGCUCUGGUGUCGCUGCUCGGUCUCAGCCGUACUUUGUUCCGCUCCUUCAGCAGGUUCUUGGUCAGCUUCCUCCUCCUUUUCCUCCUCCCUCCUUAGAGUGUCCUCAGCCUGUCCAGCUGCAGUCGGCGUUACCGUCUGCCUCCUCUCUCCUUGGUCCUGCUCCUUACACUGGUCCGACUGGAGGUCUUACUGAGCGGCGUGAGCCUGCGUCUCGUCCUGCGUCGCCUGAGUCUCGUCCUGGGUCGCCUGUCCGCACUGCUCUCUCUAGUCAUCGAGUCCAGCGUCAGCGUCUUCCUGCUGUCCCAGGCACUCACCGGAUGGCGCUUCGUCCGUCCACUGCUCCACAGCGUGUCCCACUGCCGUCUCCUCCUGCUUCCUCUCUUCCUGCUCUUCCUGACCCUGGGUCAGACUCUCUUCGUGCUACCAGUCCUGCUGUCACGCGUCUCCUGGCCACUGUUGUCACUGACCCUUCCUUUGAGUCUGCUGCUGCGUCUGCCUUAGUUGCUGAGCUUGUCGACUUUGCUGCUCGCUGUCGUCUAGACUACGCUGCUAGCCUAGUUGCUGAGUCUGAGUCUGUCUGUCCUCCGUCCGUCGGGGGUGAGUGUGCUCUUGGCACUGACGUCCUUGAGGACAGGCAGGAGGAGUUCCAGUGCUUUGCUGCCGCUUUGCCCCAUCUCGUGUCCAUGCUUGUUGCCCCUGAGGGAGACCCGGAUGCACCAGACAUCCCGACCCCACGCUCUUACGCAGAGGCGAUGGCCGGUCCCUACUCCUCUCAGUGGCAGUCAGCCAUGGACACAGAGAUGGCUUCCUGGAAGUCCACAGGCACCUACGUCGACGAGGUUCCCCCGCCUGGGGCGAACAUCGUCAGUGGCAUGUGGAUUUUCAGGGUGAAGCGGCCGCCGGGUUCUCCGCCUGUCUUCAAGGCGCGUUACGUUGCACGAGGCUUCAGUCAGCGCGAGGGAGUUGACUUCUUCCAGACCUUCUCCCCGACCCCGAAGAUGACCACUCUUCGGGUUCUGCUGCACGUCGCCGCUCAGCGUGACUACGAGCUCCACUCGCUUGACUUCAGCACUGCUUUCCUGCAGGGCAGCCUGCACGAGGAGAUCUGGCUGCGCCGUCCACCUGGCUUCACUGGGUCGUUCCCUCCUGGUACCCAGUGGAGCCUCCGACGGCCAGUCUACGGUCUCCGCCAGGCGCCUCGUGAGUGGCACGACACACUGAGGACUACGCUUGCGGCUCUUGGGUUCGCGCCUUCUACUGCUGACCCGUCGCUGUUUCUACGCACCGACACCUCACUGCCGCCGUUCUACGUCCUUGUGUACGUCGACGACUUGGUUUUUGCUACUGCUGACACUGUGGCACUCGCCCACGUGAAGUCGGAGCUGCAGAAGAGAUACACGUGCACAGACCUGGGUGAACUGACAAGCUAUCUUGGCUUGCGGAUCACCCGGGACAGAGCACGCCGCACCAUCACCUUGACUCAGUCACACAUGGUGCAGCAGGUCCUUCAGCGCUUCCGCUUCACGUACUCCUCGCCUCAGCCCACUCCUCUGCCUACCGGUCACUCGCUCUCAGCUCUGCCUUCGGAUGAGUCCGUAGAGCCGAGUGGCCCGUAUCCAGAGCUUGUGGGUUGCCUCAUGUACCUGAUGACCUGCACUCGACCAGACCUUGCAUACCCUCUCAGCAUUCUUGCACGCUAUGUCGCUCCCGGCCGUCACCGGAAGGAGCACAUGGAUGCAGCUAAGAGGGUGUUGCGCUACUUGUGCAGUACGUCGGGCAUGGGGCUAGUGCUUGGAGGGCGAGUCCCAGUUGUUCUCACUGGGCACUCAGACGCUUCUUGGGCAGACGACCAGGCUACUCAGCGGUCGUCUCAGGGUUACUCCUUCAGUCUUGGCUCUGGUUCUGUUUCUUGGCGUUCUACUCGCUCUUCUUCUGUUCUCAACUCCAGUUGUGAGGCUGAGAUCUACGCCACAGCCAUGGCGGCCCAGGAGCUACGCUGGCUCACCUACUUGCUGACCGACCUUGGAGAGCAGCCUCGUUCUCCUCCAGUGCUGUACGUCGACAACAAGGCAGCCAUUGCCUUGUGUGAGGAGCACAGACUGGAGCACAGAACGAAGCACAUUGCUCUGCGUUACUUCCUCGCUCGAGAGCUGCAGCAGCGUGGUCAGCUUCGCCUGCGUUACGUGGCCUCUGAGGCCAACACUGCUGAUGUGUUCACCAAGGCGCUUCAGCCUUGUGACCAUCAGCGCUUUUGCACUCUUCUAGGCCUUGUGCCUACUGGACCUCACUUGCUUACUUCUUGA